CUGGUCCCCAGCGAUUUCGAGAUUCACCCACAGCUCCAGAGACAAAUCAAUUGCCCUUCGACAUCUACACGGUCGCCACUAUGAAGGUCCCUGCUGCUCUCCUGUCGCUCGCCCUGGCCUCUGCGGUCGUUGCCCAGGGUAGCCCCGAGCUCCCCGAGUGCGCUAAAUCAUGCGCGGAUAACUUUCUGACGGGCGGCAUCGGCGGCUGCACAAACGCCGACGUCGCGUGCAUCUGCUCCAACAAGGACUUCCUCAACAGCAUCGCCUGCUGCCUGACAAACGUGUGCGACCAGGCCGCGCAGGAGCAGGCUGUCCAGUUCGCUUUGGGGAUCUGCAAGGGCGCUGGAGUGAACGACCUGCCCACCGCCGUCGUCUGCCAGUCCGCUGCCGUAUCCAGCACCGGCAGCGCCGCCAGCACUGAGUUGACCGCGGCCGCGACCUCGACCUCGGCCUCGGGCUCCGAGACCACCGCCGCCCCGACGAGCACCGGCAGCGCCGCGAGCCAGGCUUCCGCUGCCAGCAGCACCAGCCGCGCGGCUGGCCCCCGGCCCACCGCUGCGGCUGGUCUGGGCGCCAUUGGCGGCAUUGUGGCCGCUGUCGCGCUCCUCUGAGUUCCGCCAACGCAAUACGCGGUUUUCCCCUCGUGGUCUGUCAAUGGGUUGUCUCGGUUGACGAUUUGGCGCUGGAUAUCGGGCGUCGAGGAGGGGUGGUAUUUGACGAUGGUUAUGGACCCUAAUGUACAUGACGUAUAAUUCCGUGCGCACUGGGACGAGAGCUGCUGCUGGUUAUCAGUGCAUGUCUCUGCAGCACAUGAUCUACUGUACUGUCGGCGUGACGUUAUACAUGACGCUGUUUACGGACCAGCAGUAUUAAUUCAACUAAUCCUUCCUUGACAUCUUCAC